AUGUCCAUCUCCAGCAAAGUGGAUUCAGGAAUGAUCUGGUCCCGAGACUACUGUGAGGUGAAUCUCUGCCAUAAUGGAGGUACAUGUGUGACUGGGGUCGGAGAGGAACCCUUCUUCUGCAUCUGCGCUGAUGGAUUUACUGGAGACACCUGCAAUGCCACUGAAAAUGGCCCCUGCAGCCCAAGCCCAUGUAAGAAUGAUGGGCAGUGUGAGAUAAUCACUCAUACCAGAAGAGGAGAUGUCUUCAAUGAGUAUGUCUGUAAAUGCCAGCCAGGCUUUGAGGGCGUGCAUUGUCAGAUCAAUGUGAAUGAUUGCGCCAGCGAACCCUGUAAGAAUGGUGGCCUGUGUCGAGACCUGGAUGGAGACUAUUCCUGCCACUGCCCCUCUCCUUAUGUGGGGAAACAGUGCCAGCUACGUUGCACCUCCCUUCUGGGAAUGGAGGGAGGCGGUAUAGACGAGUCUCAGAUUUCUGCCUCCUCCGUUCACUUUGGCAUUAUGGGUCUGCAGCGUUGGGGCCCUGAAUUGGCCAGACUCAAUAACCAGGGCAUUGUGAAUGCUUGGAGCUCCGAUCCACAAGACAAAAAUCCCUGGAUAGAGAUUGAUAUGCAGAGGAAGAUGCGUCUCACUGGCAUCAUCACACAGGGUGCCAGUCGCAUGGGGACGGCAGAGUUCAUCAAAGCUUUUAAAGUGGCAUCUAGUUUUGAUGGCAAAACGUAUGUGAUAUACAAAGCUGAGGGCCAGAGAAAAGAUAAAGUGUUUGUGGGUAAUACAGAUAAUGACAGCACCAAGACCAACCUGUUUGAGCCGCCCAUAGUUGCCCAGUACAUCCGUAUCAUCCCAGUGGUCUGCCGGAAAGCCUGCACUCUACGCAUGGAACUUGUGGGUUGCGAACUUAAUGUGUACUCAAAUACGGCAGGUUGCACUGAGCCGCUGGGUAUGAAAUCCCGUCUCAUCUCAGACGAUCAGCUCUCAGCCUCAGGUUCCUUCCAGACGUGGGGUAUCGAUGCUUUUACAUGGCACCCCCACUACGCCCGUCUGGACAAACAGAGCAAGACCAACGCCUGGUCGGCUGCCAGCAACAACCGCUCACAGUGGCUCCAGGUGGACUUACAAAGCCCUAAACGAAUUACGGGCAUUAUAACACAGGGAGCUAAAGACUUUGGCAUUGUUCAGUACGUGUCAGCUUUCAAAAUCGCGCAUAGUGAUGACGGACAGUCGUGGACUGUGCUGAAAGAUGAAACCACCAGGACAGAUAAGAUUUUCCAAGGAAACACUGACAACAACACGCAUAAAAAGAACAUGUUUGAUAGACCGUUUUUUGCACGAUAUGUGCGUUUUCUGCCAUGGGAGUGGCAGGAGAGGAUCACUCUGAGGAUGGAGCUCCUGGGCUGUGAUGAUUAG